CCGGUUCCCGAAGUUUUCUUUUUGGAACAGCGAAUGAUAUAAAAGUGAAGAUAUGGUGGAUCCAACAAUACGUUCCCAUCUCUCUAAUCUUCUUCUUGUUUUACAUUAACACGAACACCAUUAGACAACGACGUUCCCAGUAAUCCAAUCAUAAGCACGCUAAAUAAUGGCUUCCAACUCUGCACUGUUUCAACCCAUCAAGAUCGGCAAAACUCAGCUUGACCAUCGAGUCGUACUUGCUCCAUUGACCCGGUUUCGAAGCGACGAAAACCACGUACCUACAGCAUUACAGCAAGAAUAUUACGCUCAACGAGCAACCAAAGGUGGCCUUUUAAUCUCUGAGGCUACCUUUAUCUCGCCCACUGCCGGCGCUUACCCUGGUGCUCCGGGAAUAUACAGCAAGAUGCAAGUCGAAGGUUGGAAACCUGUCACUGAUGCUGUCCACGCCAAGGGUGGUGUCAUUUAUUUGCAACUCUGGCAUGUCGGUCGUGUCACUGCAUCUGCUAUUUUGCCCAACAAUGUAUUACCCGUCAGUGCUUCACCCAUUGCUAUGAAGGGUCGUAAUAUGUACUCGAAAAAGGACAACGAGGUGCCACACGCACUGACCGUCGAAGAAAUACAGUCUGUGAUCAAGAACUAUGCACAGGCUGCUAAAAACGCCAUUGCUGCUGGCUUUGAUGGUGUUGAGAUUCACGGUGCCAACGGCUACUUGAUUGAUCAAUUCACAAACAGUUGUAGUAACAAGCGAAUGGAUCAGUAUGGUGGCUCAAUCGAAAAUCGUACACGCAUGGCUCUCGAGGUUGUCAAGGCUGUGACUGAUGCCGUUGGUGCAGAACGUGUUGGCAUUCGCUUGUCUCCUUGGAGUGAAGCUAACCAAAUCUAUGACGACACUCCUUACGACACUUGGGGCUACUUAGUUGAGCAGCUCCAGGCCCGUCAUGGCAAAAUGGCGUAUAUUCAUAUGGUUGAGCCUCGCGAUGACUUUUCUCGCAGAACGCGUAACGAUACCGCCAAUAGCUUGGAUCCAUUCCGACGUGUUUGGAAGGGUACCUUUUUAUCUGCCGGCGGAUACACGACCAACCCUCAAUUGGCCGCCAAGAUCGCAGACGAAACUGGCAAUCUGAUCGUAUUUGGUAGAGCAUUUAUCGCUAACCCUGAUAUUGUUGAGCGUCUCAAGAAUGGCUGGCCUUUGACAAAAUACAACCGCAAGACAUUUUACAGCCAGGGAGCUGUUGGCUAUACUGACUAUCCUUUUUAUGACCCAGCCACUUCUUCUACCAAAGCAAAUCUUUAGAAGUCUUCCAAUUUUAAUUAUGCAGCAAUCUCUUAAGGUACAACUCACGCUGAAUAAAAGAUGUAAUUACCAGGCCCAUUUUUCUUGUGAGAUGUCGGGGCGAUGAGUGCGUGUAUAAUCUUUUUGUGCUUCACCAACUGAAUAUAAG